GAAACGCUACCUCGGGAGGUUAAAUGCCUGGAAUCCGGCCGCGGGCUUACACUCGGUGUGGCCGGUUACCAACGGAGCUGCUGGGCAAUUAGUGGAUGAGGGAUUCCCCAGAUUUUACUUGGAAUCUAAUACCGCCGCCAUCACACCUAACUGCUGAAGACGACGUCACGUGUGUUUUUUCUUUCUGUUGUGUUCUCAGUCUACGCGCUGGCACUGAUCCAUUCACCAAUCUCGAGAGUAUAAAGACCCCUCGCCUACUCAUAAUUUUCUUUUCCUCAAGAGUCUGGGCGGCGGUUUUGCAAAAUUAGAAAAAGCUAUCGCGUCAUGGUCGUCCCGUGCUCGGUGGAGGAUCAAAAUCGCCUCGACCCCUUUCUCGAUGGCCGGAGAAUCGUCCCAGAGUCCGCGGUUGUCCCAGUGAUGCCUCAACACUACGACCCAAAGACGGCCAGGAACAGGCUCCUUAAACCAAAGCCACAGAUCAUCAGGGAAAGAGACCUAGCUCCUCAUCAACCGGCUUUACGGCUCUUGCGCAUAGGGAACAUGUGGUGCUCGUCAUCACCAAGCUUUCUUUCCCCCCAACUCCCCAACGCACCUCCUCCGUAUCUUCUUUUCCAUCUGCUUUUUAAUCCCCACCACACCUCCCACACCAUGGCCUCUUGGACAUCAGACGUUGAUCCUCCAUCGGGUCAUUGUCUGACGCCGUUUACACGCUUGCACGCAAGACCGCAGCACCGCCCCUGUAAGAAGUCGCUUGCGUCUUCUGCUGCCCCUCGAAACCAUGUCCACCCAUGAAGAAAGAAAGAGCCCCUCCUGGCUGAGAAAGAUUUUAUACCCAGGAGAAGGUGGGCGACACGUGAUCUCAGGUAGUUCACGUGAUCUCAACCCCUUCCAUACCCACCCCUUAUCCUCGACUCGAAUUCGUCCUUUAG